AUGACCUUUUGUUCAAUGGAAGCAGCUGCCAUGGUGUCCCUUUUCCAAGCAAGACAAUGUUGGCUAUUUUUCAUGACCAGUAUAUUCGAACAACAACCCAUGACGCGGCUCGGACCAAGGAGUUUCGUUGAGGGCUUUGCAGAUGAUUUGCUAGAAGCACUAAGAAGUGUUUGUAACCGUGAUGCAGACAUGGAAGUUGAGGACAGCAUCUGUGUGGGAAGUAUGUACGAAAACUGGAGAGUCAAUAAACCACUGAUAUGUGACCUGCUGGUACCAUUUGCUCCUCCAGAACCCUACUAUUUCCGCGGCCAACCUUGGAUUACUAGCAAAUCCAUUGCUCCCAACCAACAAAGCUAUGGAACAAUUCUUGUUUGUGGACCUGAAGAUUCAUCAGGUUGUGUCUGCGACAGGAAGAAACUUGGGGAAGACAUGCUUUGUCUUCUUCACAGCCCGAGCAUCAAGAAGAAGGUCACCAAGGAUGUCAAUUUAUUAUGUUCAAAGGAAUCCAACUAUCUAGACACAGACCAGGUCAUGAAAUGGUUCCAAACAGCCAUAACAAAAGCCUGGGGCAGGAUAUCACACAAGUAUGAGUUUGAACUCACUUUCAACCACUUAGAUUAUCCAGGAGCUUUGAGAGUCAAAUUCAAAUCAGGAAAGGUUAUCAGCUUCAACAUCAGCCCAGUGGUUCAGUAUGAAGACUCUGAUCUGUAUUUUAUUUCACAGUUCCCCAGCAUGGACCGAGCAACCAACUUGGUCUCCGGCGUUCACUGGAACUUGUCUUUUGCCGUUUACGAGAGGAGGUUUCUCAAGGAUAUUGCCAAACAUCUCCCAGGAAAUUCAUGCCACCUCAGUUGCCUACAAAUUAUGACUUUUCUACAUUCCAAGCAAUGUCACAUAACUGGCCCAAGCGGCCUGACAAGUUACCACCUAAAGACAGUCCUCUUGCAUCUUCUGUUGAAACAGUCUUUUUAUGACUGGAGUAACAUCAUGCUAGAAGACCGAUUACGGGACAUGUUUAAGAGCCUGGAGAAAUGUCUGCUGGAGAAGAGACUCCACCACUUUAUGAUUGGAAACUCCAAACUUCCAGAGACAGUCAGUCUCCCGGCACACUUCCGCACAGCAGAACCUCUUAAUCUUUUCCGAUCAUUUGUUCUAAACAGAGACCUUUACCAAAAAACCUUGUCCAUGUUUUAUGAGAUGUUGAAGAAUGCAACUGUUGUAAUCAAUGAAUACAGCUUUCACCUUCCUACAGGGCCGUCCAACAAAAACUCCCAUUAG